AUGCAGGAGAACCAUGAGACGGUGACCUCGCUGGGAUUUCCUGUUCCUAAACCUCACCUGAUCGCCCAGCUGGAACGAGGGGAAGAGCCGUGGGUCCCAGAUCUCCAGGCCUCUGAGGAAAGUGGGAGCCCAAGAGGCACCUGCACAGGUGAUAGAACAGUGAGAGAGAACAAGGAGGAAAAUCAGCAGGAGGAAGGUGCUGAGCAAGUGGAGCCGCAGGAGACAUUUUUGAGAAAAGCUGAAGGGAAUUUUUCCCAGGGACUAGAACAGGGAAAUGCCUGGGGAGAUAGACACGGAUCAGAGAAGCAGCUGGGAAGCUAUCACGAGAAGAAACUGGAUAAAUCCACUGAAUCUGGCAUAGGAUGGAAGGAUCCCAAGGAAACCACAGUCCAGCAGACAAGUCACAAUGAAGAGAAACCCUACAAAUGCCUUGACUAUGGGAAAAGAUUUAAUGCAAGGUCACAGCUUAUGUCACAUAACAGAAUCUAUGCAGGAGAGAACCCCUAUAAAUGCUUGGACUGUGGGAAAAGCUUCAGUAGGAAGCUAUGUCUUAUUGUACACCAGAGACUGCAUGCAGGAGAGAAUCCCUAUAAAUGCUUAGAGUGUGGGAAAAGUUUUAGGCAGUGGUCACAGCUUAUGUUACAUCACAGAACCCACACAGGAGAGAAGUCCUAUAAAUGCUUGGACUGUGGGAAAAGCUUCAGUAGGAAGCUAUGCCUUAUUGUACACCAGAGAGUACACACAGGAGAGAGACCCUUUAAAUGCCCUGAGUGUGGGAAAACUUUCAUUAAGCGCUCAGACCUUAUUAAGCAUCAGAGAAUCCACACAAGCAACAAACCCUAUUCAUGCCUCGACUGUGGGAAAAGUUUCACUAACAGAAUAAAACUUACUAGUCAUCACAGAAUCCACACAGGAGAGAGACCCCAUAAAUGCUUUGACUGUGGCAAAAGCUUCAUACAGAAGUCAAGGCUUAUUGUACACCAGAGAGUGCACACAGGAGAGAGACCCUAUAUAUGCUGUGAGUGUGGGAAAAGUUUUAUUCGGAGCUCAGAGCUUAUUAAACAUCAGAUCACCCACACAGGAGAGAGACCCUUUAAAUGCCGUAAGUGUGGGAAAGGUUUUAAUCGUAACUCAGCACUUAUUACACAUCAGCGAACCCACACAGGAGAGAGACCUUAUGGAUGCCUUGAGUGUGGGAAAAGUUUUAUUGAGAACUCAGCGCUUACUAGACAUAGGAGAAUCCACACAGGAGAAAGACCCUAUAAAUGCCAUGAGUGUGGGAAAAGUUUCAGUGUGAAAUCAACCCUUAAUACACAUCAGAAAACCCACACAGGAGAGAGACCCCAUAAAUGCUUUGACUGUGGGAAGAGCUUCAUUCAGAAGUCAAAGCUUAGUGAACACCAGAGAGAACAUACAGGAGAGAGACCAUAUAAAUGCCUUGACUGUGGGAAAACUUUCAUUAAGCGCUCGGACCUUAUUAAGCAUCAGAGUAUUCACACACCAAGUGACAAAUCCUAUGAAUGCCUCGACUGUGGGAAAAGUUUCACUGACAUGAUAAAACUUACACGUCAUCAGAGAAUUCAUACGGGAGAGAGCCCCCAUAAAUGCUUUGACUGUGGGAAAAGCUUCAUACACAAGUCCAGGCUUAUUGUGCACCAGAGAGUGCACACAGGAGAGAAACCCUUUAAAUGCCAUGAGUGUGGGAAAGGUUUUAGUCAGCGUGCAACACUUAUUACACAUCAGCGAACCCACACAGGAGAGAGACCCUAUGGAUGCCUUGAGUGUGGGAAAAGUUUUAUCGCAAGUUCAGCCCUUGCUAACCAUAGCAGAAUCCACACGGGAGAAAGACCUUAUAAAUGCCACGAGUGUGGGAAAACUUUCAGAUACCGCUCAAACCUUACUAAACAUGGGAGAAUCCACAUUGGAGAGACGCAGUAUAAAUGCCUUGAGUGUGGGAAACGUUUUGUUGACAGAACAAAACUUACUGUUCAUCAGAGAAUCCACACAGGAGAGAGACCCCAUAAAUGCUUAGACUGCGGGAAAAGCUUCAUUCAGAGGUCAAAACUUAUUCUACACCAGAGGGUGCACACAGGAGAGAGACCGUAUAAAUGCUUGGAGUGUGGGAAAAGCUUCAUUGAGAAGUCACAACUUAUUCUACACCAGAGAGUUCACACCGGAGAGAGACCUUUUCAAUGCUGUAAAUGUGGGAAAAGUUUUAUUCGGAGCACAGCGCUUAUUACACAUCAGAGUACCCACACAGGGGAGAGACCCUAUAAAUGCCUUGAAUGUGGCAAAAGUUUUAGUCAGAGCUCAAAUCUUAUUGCACAUAAGAGAACCCACACUGGAGACAGACCCUAUAAAUGCUUGGACUGUGGGAAAACUUUCAGUCAGCGCCCACAUCUUACUAAACAUGGGAGAAUCCACACAGGAGAGAGACCUGAUAAAUGCCUUGAGUGUGGGAAAAGCUUCAGUAAGAGCUCAGCGCUGACCAAACAUCAGAGAAUGCACAAGAAUGAGAGACCCUAGGAAUAGCUUGACUGAAAAGAUUCAAGUUGACUUCACACAUCGGUGAUCCACACAACAGAGACUUGAAUGUGGGGGAAACUUCAUUUGGUGCUCCCGGAGUAUCAGGUAUCUGCAAAUCCCCAACGGAAAGAAACCUCUGAGAUGUUCUCAGUGUGGAAAAUGCUCCAAGUGGCACUAAUGCCAUGUUGGACAUUAGAGACUCCUCCACACAGCAGGGAAAGCUGCAAAGAAUCCUGUGGCACCUUAUAGACUAA